GGCGGCGAGCGCGAGCAGCAGCGGCUGGAGGCGCGUCCACGUGAGGCGGAACCGUUGAAAUUCACCAAACUGUUUUUAAUCUGGCACAAACCCAAAACCCGAGCACUUUGUCGCCUCGAAACAGCGAGGUUGCAGCGUUGCGGGUCCCCAGCGCGCCCAAAGCCGGUUCGGUGACUCGCUGCCUCCCUCCACCCGAGCUAACCGCUAACUAGCCGGAGCCGGCUAACCCCGGCCCGAAGGGACAGUUCCGCCGCCGAGGGAGGACUGGGCCACCUGGGCAGGCUGAUCAUGACGGGGAAGCGCUCAGAAAAGGGCCCGGCCUGCUGGAAGAGGAGGGUGAAGUCUGAGUACAUGAGGCUACGGCAGCUGAAGCGCUUCAGACGGGCCGACGAGGUCAAGAGCAUGUUCAACUCCAACCGGCAGAAGAUCCUUGAGCGGACCGAUAUCCUGAACCAGGAGUGGAAGACCAGGCGGAUCCAGCCGGUUCACAUCAUGACGUCGGUCAGCUCCCUGCGAGGGACUCGAGAGUGCACGGUGGACAGCGGCUUCUCCGAGUUCCCCAGGCAAGUCAUCCCCCUGAAGACGCUGAACGCCGUGGCCUCCGUCCCCGUCAUGUACUCCUGGUCGCCUCUGCAGCAGAACUUCAUGGUUGAGGACGAGACGGUGCUACACAAUAUUCCCUACAUGGGGGACGAGAUCCUGGACCAGGACGGUACUUUCAUCGAAGAACUCAUCAAGAACUACGAUGGGAAAGUCCACGGGGACAGAGAGUGCGGCUUCAUCAACGACGAGAUCUUCGUGGAGUUGGUCAACGCCCUGGUGCAGUACAGUGACAACGAGGACGAUGAAGAGGAGGAGGAACAGGAGUUCAAGGUUGACAAGAUGGACAUGUGUGACGGCAAAGACCACCCCGAGGACCCACGCAAGGACGGAUACGUCAACGAGAGCCGAAGCAACAACGACACCAGCAGGAAGUUUCCCUCCGACAAAAUCUUUGAAGCCAUCUCCUCCAUGUUCCCGGACAAGGGCUCCACCGAGGAGCUCAAGGAGAAGUACAAGGAGCUGACGGAGCAGCAGCUGCCCGGUGCGCUGCCGCCCGAGUGCACCCCCAACAUCGACGGCCCCAACGCUCGCUCGGUGCAGCGCGAGCAGAGCCUGCACUCGUUCCACACGCUGUUCUGCAGACGCUGCUUCAAAUACGACUGCUUCCUCCACCCCUUCCACGCAACUCCAAACACCUACAAGCGCAAGAACCUGGAGAACCUGGUGGACAGCAAGCCCUGCGGCCUGGACUGUUACAUGUGCGUGGUGCAGGACGGGAUGAUCAGGGAGUAUCCCGCCGGCGCAGAGCGGCCCAAGACUCCUUCCAAACGCACGGCGGGCCGCCGGCGCGGACGGCUGCCCAACAGCAGCAGCCGACCCAGCACCCCCACCGUUUCCUCGGAGGCCAAAGACGCGGACAGCGACCGCGAGGGCAGCAAGGACGACGACAACGACAAAGACGACGAAGACAAGAAGGAUGAGACCACCAGCAGCUCAGAGGGGAACUCUCGCUGUCAGACUCCGGUGAAGAUGAAGCUGUCCGGCGAGGCGGAGGCGGUGGAUUGGAGCGGCGCCGAGGCGUCCCUCUUCAGGGUUCUCAUCGGGACGUACUACGACAACUACUGCGCCAUCGCCCGGCUCAUCGGCACCAAGACCUGCCGACAGGUCUACGAGUUCAGGGUCAAAGAGUCGGCCAUCAUCGCCCGGGCUCCGGCCGAGGACGAGGACACGCCCCCCAGGAAGAAGAAGAGGAAACACCGCCUGUGGGCCACGCACUGCAGGAAGAUCCAGCUGAAGAAAGAUGGAUCCUCCAAUCACGUGUACAACUACCAGCCGUGUGACCACCCGCGACAGCCCUGCGACUCGUCCUGCCCCUGCGUCACCGCCCAGAACUUCUGCGAGAAGUUCUGCCAGUGCAGCUCCGAGUGUCAGAACCGCUUCCCGGGCUGCCGGUGCAAGGCCCAGUGCAACACCAAGCAGUGCCCCUGCUACCUGGCGGUGCGGGAGUGCGACCCGGACCUGUGCCUGACCUGCGGCGCCGCCGACCACUGGGACAGCAAGAACGUGUCCUGCAAGAACUGCUCCAUCCAGAGAGGAGCCAAGAAGCACCUGCUGCUCGCGCCGUCAGACGUGGCUGGUUGGGGAAUCUUCAUCAAAGAGCCGGUCCAGAAGAACGAGUUCAUCUCCGAGUACUGUGGAGAGAUCAUCUCCCAGGACGAGGCCGACCGCAGGGGGAAGGUCUACGACAAAUACAUGUGCAGCUUCCUCUUCAAUCUCAACAACGACUUCGUCGUUGACGCCACGAGGAAAGGCAACAAGAUCCGCUUCGCCAACCACUCGGUUAACCCGAACUGCUAUGCAAAAGUGAUGAUGGUGAACGGCGACCACAGGAUCGGCAUCUUCGCCAAGAGAGCCAUCCAGACCGGGGAGGAGCUGUUCUUCGACUACAGGUACAGCCAGGCCGACGCGCUGAAGUACGUGGGGAUCGAGCGCGAGUUGGAGAUCGCCUGAUCCCGACUUCUACCUCCUCCGGAUCCACCACCAAGGCCUUACACGUGAACACACGCACGCUCAUUUCAGGAAAUCCCACAAACUUCAGGAAAACCGGGACUAUUUAGAGAGGAAUUUUUACCACGAUGCUCUUUGGGGAAUAAAAAAAAAAAAAAAACUUUUCACAUCUUCUUUUUGUCAACAAAUUCAUAAAUCUGAGGAGUCGAACCAGCGACCGACUGGUUUCCAGCUCGAAGCUUCAGGGACCAAAAUCCUCCACCAGCCGCUGGAAACCGCCGGCGCCGGACUCCGCUGUGAACCAGCAGCGCCUCAAACAAUCAUGUUUGCUUCAGACCUCCACGAGGACGAGCCGCCGAGCAGCUCCACGCCAGCUCGGUGGCAGACUUCCCAGCAUGCACCUGCUCUGCUCACACUUUUUUUUUUAAAGAUAUUUUUAUCCCGAUUCUUUCUUUUUUUAAUCACCCAGUGCUCCUACCUAAGUGACAGUCCUGGGCGUUGCUCCCUCUACCAACCCUACACUGAGCUCAGGUCUCCUCCUUACUUGAGGAUGAGCAGCUUCUUUCCACCGAACAGGGUGGGGUUUCUCCGGUCGGACGUAGCGACGGAAGGAUCACGUUAUUCCGGCCAGAUCCCCCCAUGUGUUUCCCCGGCUGGCCAGAGGGGGCAGUAGAACCAGAGGGGGCAGUAGAGCCAGGACUGCUGCAUGUUUUUGUGAGGGAAGCUCACAUUAACUACCCAGGGAACACGGGGAGAACCCGUCUUCCCUCCCCUCCGUUAAUCGCUCCAGAUGUUCGUAAACAGCCGGCCUCGUCGGUUCUUCUUCCUGGACCCGGUUUGUACCACUGACUUCCCAACCAGGUUUCCAUGACGAUUCCUGGGACCAGAUCAAGCUCAUGGGUCCAGUUUGAGGUGACAGAACCUCCACCAGCUCCACCACAGUACUGUCCGUUUAAUGUUAUUGAUUAAUGAUGGAUUUGUCCGGAGGACCGCGCCUCUGAGAUUCUAAUAAUGAACCUGAAUAAGAAGCUUAUUGAUCCGUUUACCUGGCGGCUGACGGAUCAAUCACCUUUUUUUUUAAAAAACGGUUUUGUCGUGAUCAAGUUUAAAGCAACGUCAGUAAACGAGCACCGAUCAAUGACAGACUGGUUGUCCCGACGUUGGGAUCGAUCUGCAGCUGAUUACUGGAUUUACUGGCGCGGGUCUGCUGGGCCUCGACCCGGCGCCGCUCCACUCCUCAGAACCAACAAUCAACUUCUGGUGCUCGCCGAGACUCUACAAUGGACCGUGCUCCCCCCGACACCUGUAACUUAUUACACCUGGGGGGCGGAGACCCCCCACCCUCCCCGGGCCGGCGGCUGAACAUCAUGUUAGGAAAAAAUAAGUUAACUGAGCCGAGCCGGGCCUGGACCCCCACCCCCCUCUGAUGACACAGGUGCUGAUUUUAUAAUGUUUACAGGGAUUUUUGUUGUUCAAAGUGAUGCAGAUUAAAAUGUUUGAAAACUC